AUCUUUGGAAGAAAAACAAUGGCGUUGUUGAAAUUUAUGUUUCUUCCAUAUCCGUUCGUCACUGCAACGUCUCUGGCAUCUUUCACGUUAAUGGCGAGUGCUGGGUUAUCGGAAUUUAGAGGGAAGAACGUUGAAUAUUCUAAGUUUUUUUGUUCAAAAGCUUCCGAUGCAGAGAAAUCGAACAAGUUAACGCUGCCGAGUAGAAUCGCCAUGGCCACGCUUUAUACACCGGCUUUUCUCGCUGGGGUUUCUUCGUUUGCGAUUUUCCCAGAAGAGAAUCUCAGGUUUUUGUUGCUCAAAUCCGCCAUUUCCAUCCAUUUCUUCAAGAGAGUUUUCGAGUCAUGUUUUGUUCAUAAAUACAGUGGAGAAAUGGGUGUGGAAACGAUGAUGACAAUACUUUCAAGUUAUUUCAUUUCCAGUGCGCUCAUGAUCUUUAACCAACACUCAACAACGGGGCUUCAAGAGCCUGAAAUCGAUUUGAAAAGUCCUGGGAUUCUCUUGUUUUUCAUAGGGAUCAGUGGCAAUUUCUACCAUCAUUUCCUUCUUUCUAAACUGAGGAACGAAGGUGGCAACAAGGAAUACAAGAUCCCAAAGGGGGGUUUGUUCGGAUUCGUGGUUUGCCCUCACUACUUGUUUGAGGUUUUAGGGUUCUGGGGAUUUGCUUUCAUUUCCCAGACUUUGUUUUCAUUUGCAUAUGCGAUGGGCACCACCUGUUACUUGCUGGGUAGAAGUUAUGCCACUAGGAGAUGGUACCUUUCAAAGUUUGAAGAUUUUCCCCACAAUGUUAAGUCUAUGAUUCCAUUUUUGUUUUAAAUUC